CAAAUCUUGUCAAUCGCCAGUCGCGAACAACAAAUCCUGCUACCUUUUCUCGGUCAACCCUACCACGGGCGCAAUGGCGCUCCUCACAUUUAAGGCACCGGUAAACUACGAACUUCAGCAAUCUGCGUUUGAGGAUUUCCUCAAAACCUUCAAAUCAUCGUCGUCCGCCACGGAGGUAUCUGCGACGAAUGCUCUCCAGGAGUUACACCUCGAAGAUGAUGAUUUAAGCGAUGAAUAUGAUUUCAUGGACGAUGUGGCCGACGGUUCAGGAGCGGCUCGGCGGCGAAGGGACGAUAAGUCCGCCGAACCGAAAUUGAAAUAUAUGAAGAUACUCCAAAGCCUAGCGGACCGAGAAUCUUCGCACAUUACUAUCGAACUCGAUGAUCUGCAAACGUAUGAACGGGGAUUGGAAGAAGAUGCCGCCGGCUUAAACUUGGUGCAAUCAAUCGAGGUCAAUGCGAAACAUUACAUAGAGAUCCUUGCACGAGCUAUUGACAAGUCGAUGCCGAGAGAAACUCGAGAAAUCUCAUACAAAGAUGAUGUUAUGGAUGUCAUUAUGUCCCAGCGAGAGCGAAGAAAUGAGGCCAUGGCCCUGGCAGCCGAAGGUACUCUUGAUGCACCACCGCCACAACAAGAUUCGCUCUUUCCUGCCGAGCUCACGAGACGCUACACUCUCAGCUUCAAACCUGUUACUCCUUCCGGAUCGGCCAACGAGCGGAGCCAAAAAGCCUUGGCAGUGCGAGAUGUCAAGGGAGAGCACAUUGGUCAUCUGAUUACCGUCCGCGGUAUUGCUACGAGGGUGUCAGAUGUAAAGCCUGAAGCCCAAGUCAUGGCAUACACUUGUGAUAGAUGUGGUUCUGAAGUGUUCCAACCGAUCACCUCGAAACAGUUCACGCCUAUGCAAGAAUGCCCCUCAAAAGAAUGUAAAGACAACCACACAAAGGGACAGCUGUUCUUGUCGACUCGUGCCUCCAAAUUUCACGCUUUUCAAGAAGUUAAAAUCCAAGAAAUGGCGGAUCAGGUGCCAAUUGGACAUAUUCCUCGCACUCUGACUAUCCAGUGCCAUGGCGGCUUGACACGACAGAUCAACCCUGGAGACAUGGUCGACAUUGCAGGCAUCUUCUUGCCAACCCCUUAUACAGGAUUCAAGGCCAUCCGAGCCGGGUUGUUGACAGACACAUACUUGGAAGCUCAAUAUAUAACUCAACACAAACAAGCAUACGAUGACUUGACUAUCGACCUGCGGACCCUUCGGCGCAUCGAGCAGUACAGAGAAUCAGGACACAUGUACGAGUACUUGGCUCGGUCAAUCGCUCCCGAAAUCUAUGGACACUUGGAUGUCAAGAAGGCGCUAUUGCUCCUGCUCAUCGGAGGCGUGACCAAAGAGAUGGGCGACGGCAUGCGCAUCAGAGGAGACAUCAACAUCUGCCUGAUGGGUGACCCUGGUGUUGCCAAAUCUCAACUGAUGAAAUAUAUUGCCAAGGUUGCGCCACGCGGCGUGUACACGACCGGCCGAGGAAGCAGUGGCGUCGGAUUGACAGCAGCAAUCAUGCGCGAUCCUGUCACUGACGAAGUGGUUCUCGAAGGCGGUGCAUUAGUCCUCGCCGACAACGGCAUCUGCUGCAUUGAUGAAUUCGACAAGAUGGACGACGGCGACCGUACCGCCAUUCACGAAGUCAUGGAGCAACAGACCAUCUCCAUCAGCAAAGCCGGCAUCACCACCUCUCUGAACGCACGCACCUCCAUUCUCGCCGCCGCCAACCCGCUCUACGGCCGCUACAAUCCCCGGAUCUCUCCCGUCGAAAACAUCAACCUCCCCGCCGCCCUUCUUUCCCGUUUCGACAUUCUCUUCCUCAUCCUAGACACCCCUUCGCGCGAAGCCGACGAGGAACUGGCCAAGCACGUCACAGAAGUGCACAUGACCAACAAGCACCCGGAGAGCGAAGGCGUCGUCUUCAGCCCGCAGGAAGUCCGUCAAUAUAUUGCCCAGGCCCGCACGUACCGCCCCAUCGUCCCCAAAGAAGUCGCAGACUACAUCACCGGCGCCUAUGUGCGCAUGCGCCAGCAGCAGAAGCGCGACGAAGGCAGCAAGAAACAAUACACCCACAUCACUCCCCGUACCCUUCUUGGUAUCGUCCGUCUGUCCCAGGCUCUUGCCCGUCUCCGUUUCAGCGCGUCCGUUGCCACCGACGACGUCGACGAGGCUCUGCGUCUCGUCGAGGUCAGCAAAUCCAGUCUCUACCACGACACCCGCGCUACCGGCGACCAGAGCCCCAGCAGCAAGAUCUACAACCUCAUUCGCGCCAUGGCCGAUUCCGGAGCCGCCGCCGUCGAAGAUGGCAGCCGCGGUGAGCUUAGCAUGCGCAAGGUCCGCGAAAGAAUCGUCGCAAAGGGCUUCACUGAAGACCAGCUCGUCCAUGCAAUUGAUGAAUAUGCUCUGCUUGAUGUCUGGCAAACAACUGCCGACGGCAGCCGACUUAUCUUCAUCGAAGCCGGUGACGCUGAUAUCGACAUGGGCGACGAUGAGUAGAAGAAACCAUCCUGUUGUUUUAAUUUUUUUUUGUUUUAUUUAUUUUUAUUUUGUUUUUAUUUUGUUUUUCCGAAGCAUUGACUUCACUGGCAUUUCCCCUUCCCUUCCCCUUUCCUUUGCCAAGGCAGAUGGCGUUUUCCAAGGUGUGCACUUUUCAAAGAAAGCAUUUCUAUGGCGGGUUAUUUCCAUGGUGUCUGUUAUUCUUUUUCUCCUCCCCUUUCUUUUUGUGCCUUUAUAUUCUUUACUUUAUUCCGUGGAAUAAUUUUGUAGCUCUCAUAU